UUUUGAUUUGGCUCGGUUGGGUAUGCCGAGCCGCAAUGUUCUCCGACCGAUACCGAUGUGAUAUAAUCGCAUACGCAUACAUACCAGCCCUACGCUACCGCUUACUUAUGUUUCAUUUGCCUGCUUAUAUUUUUAUAUAAGAUGAUUUUCGCCAGGGUCUUUUGCUCUGCCGGUCUCUUUCGCCGAUUAGGCUCGAAUAUAUACUAAGUAGUUUCAUCUAACGUUGUACCGUCUCGGUCCAGGGCAUGUUCUCUCUUCACCUUAAGAGGACGAUGGCAAGAGAUGAGAAAAGGAUGCCGCGAAACGAACUUCCAGACGCUUCAGACCUCGUCAUUGCCGCCCAGGACGAUAGUCGUGGAUCCUCGACCGCCGCUGAUAUGCCGCCGGCCGAUGUGCUAGAUAUCAUGCAUCAGUCCGAUAGUACGAUUAAUAGUGAGCAGCGCGAAUAUGACGACUAUGUCGGCGAAGAUGGUCGAUAUGAAGCGCCUCACCAGAGCGCCGGCUUCUGGGAUCCUAGGAUGGCCAAGAUCCGGAAUGAGGUCAUAUUCGUAUGGGCUCGGACGCUAAUAACCCUCACAACCUUCAUCAUAGCCGUAUUAUCGUUAUACUGGGCAGUCCUAUUCCACGUCAGCACAAACAUAAAGAACCUAAGCGUGCACGUCGUCGACUUCGACGGACAAGUCGCACCAUACAACAACGUGACGCCGAUCGUGGGGCCGGCGGUGACGAAAACGGUGCAGCAGAUGAUCGACAACGCGGCGACGCAGCACACGGUAGGGUGGACGAUCGCGUCGCCGGACCCGUACGGCGGCGACCCGAUCGCCGUGCGCCAGGCCGUGUACGACUGGGACUUCUGGGCCGCCGUGAUCAUCAACCCGAACGCCACGGCGCUGCUGCAGCAAGCCGUCGAAAUCGGCAACGCCUCGUACGACCCCACCGGCGCCGUCCAGUUCAUUAUCAUGUCCGCCCGCCAGGAGACCAACUACAACAGCUACAUCCAGCCGCAGCUCAAGAUCCUCGAGACCCAGUUCAGGGCUAGCUUCGGCCCGAGCUGGAGCCAGAGCGUCGUGGCUAAUGAGUCGUUAUCCAGAGAUGUUAUUGCCCAGGCGCCCGCGGCGGUGAACCCUGGAGUCACGCCGAUCACGAUUGAUUUGAGGCCUUUCGGACCGGCGACGGCGACGCCGUCGGUUACGAUUGGGUUGAUUUACCUUAUUAUCGUGGCGUUUUUCUCGUUUGCGUUCUUUUUGCCGAUUCAUAUGAAAUUCGUUACCCCGGGUAACCACCCGCCGCUGCACUUCUGGCAGCUGAUUGUGUGGCGACUGGCCGCGACAAUAACGACGUACUUUUUCGUCUCGCUCGCGUACUCGCUGGUAUCUUUGGCAUUCCAAAUUCCGUUCUGGCAUCCGCCUGCCUCGUCUACCGAUGUCGCAUUUAACCCCUCGGCGUACGGACGUGCUUCAUUUGUCGUGUAUUGGAUGGUGAAUUUCGUCGGCAUGAACGCGCUAGGAAUAGCCUGCGAAAACAUGGCCAUGAUCAUCGGACAACCAUGGACCGCAGCCUGGCUCAUCUUCUGGGUCAUAACCAACGUCUCAACAGCGUUCUACUCGAUCGACCUCGCGCCAGGCUUCUUCAAAUGGGGGUACGCGUGGCCGCUUCACCACAUCGUGCAAGCGAGUCGGCAGAUCCUAUUCGACCUGCACUCAGAGAUCGGGCUGAACUUCGGCGUGCUGUUCGCGUGGGCGGCGCUGAACAUCACGCUGUUCCCGUUCGUCUGCUACCUCACGCGGUGGCGGAUGGAGCGCGAGAGGCGGAAUGCCGAGAGGAAUGCGGACUCGUAUAGUGUCUUUGACGCCGCGGCCGAGGGGCAGAAGAAGGAUGUCCCGAAGGAGAAGGGGACGUUGCCGCCCAUUAGAAAGAGGGGCUUUAUGAGGGGUGUUUGAGUGAGUUGUCAACUUCGCCUGAUGCGGAACGAUGCUUUUGCGCGGGGAGUUCUGGACCUAGAUGGCUGGGAUCGCGGUAUAUAUCCGGAUUAGGACGAGCUGCCAGGUCUACCUCUC